GCCGCCCGCCACGGCCCUCCUUUCCCCGGGCAGCGAGGCGGCGCUUGAGCCGGGCGUCCCCGGGAGAGGAAGCCACCCGGGCCUCCCUUUCCCUGGCCCCAGAAAGAGCCGCUGGCUUCGGAGAAAAGGGCCAAGCAGGAUUAACAAGUUGAGGAAAUUUGACAAUCAUCAUGAAUUCGUCAUUAAAUGUAAGCAGAGAAAAUUCUGAUCUUCUACUGAAGGAUGUUCAUCUAGAAAGUAAUGACCUGUUGGCUUCUCCAGUACACACACAAAAUGUCCAUGAUGGUACUACUACAAUGGAAAAUGCACAUUCUUACUUUGGAGAAGAACCAUUAAUGGGACAUUCACUUGUACAGAUAAUAGACUGGGAUUCACAAAUAAGCCAAGAUCAAGACUCUUUGAAGCACUCAAGAUGUCGUUUUGGAGGCUCUGCUGAUAAUAUAUUAUCUUUAACUUUGAAUCAAUCAAUUCUUCCUCUUGAGUGGAAAGUUUUGAGAUCUAGCCGAUCACAGGACACACUGGCACAAUUUUCAGGUAUCCCUCAAGAAUGUACAGAUGGAGGAUAUAAACCAUCAAUGGACGAUAACCAAUACACUGUAGAUGAUAUAAUUGGAGAUGAUGUUGUUUUCAGUAUAUUUCCCCAAGUUUUAAAGCAUAAUCAAGGUAGUACUUACAUUGCAGAUUUUAAAACAGUUCCCUCAAUACAACACUUUGCAUCACCAACACCCCAAAAUGCAAAGCAAUCUCUGAAUGUUUCUGAGUGUAUAGCACUGCAAUGCCCAAGAACAGAAAAGUUGCUGGAAGCUGGAAUACAAGUUAAUCAAUCACAGAGUUCAGCUGUUGAUCAAGAUUCAAGUUUUAUUGAUCAGGCUUGGAUAUCAGCUACUUCUCCUAAAAACUUAUAUAAUGAUACUUCACCAUUAGCUGACUUGGAACAUCAUGUUAAUCAUCAUAAGACGAGAGACUUGCUUGUACAGUCUAAAUUUCAGCAAAAAUGUCCAGUUGAAAACAAAUGGGAAAGGACAGACAUGAAGAAUCUUCAGAGCAAAGGCCAACUUCUCUUCAAGGAACAGAGUCUGAAUCUUACUGACAGUAGCAAACAGAACAGCAAGGCUGAAAAUGUUAACAAAGAAGAAUCCACCGACAGUCUACUGAUAUCUGAAUGCAAUUCUCCUAUCAUCCUGCAGCAAUUUAUUGAUCAACAGGAUGCACAACUGCCAUGGUCCAGUAGACACUUAUGAGCAGGCCCUGCAUGAAGAAAUUUGUGAGCUGAGGAGUGAAUCCAGGAGAAUAAGGGAGAUCAGUCAUCAGCUGAAUGAGGAAAACCACAGACUGAAAGAAGAACUAUGGGAUGUAAAGAGGCAAUAUGAAUUGCUAAUGCAUACACUAACUGGCAAACAGGAUGGUAAACUAAUACCCAUUAGAGAGUAUAUUGACCAGAUUCUUACAAUGCUGAGUUAAUAACCCAGAUUGUUUAUUUUGCAGAAGACAUGAGACCACACAUGAACCACGAUACUAUCCGUUUAUUUCAACCAGUGAUUAUAUAGAUUAUAUAGUUGCAUUGAGUACAUUCUUCUACAUGGCUAAUGCACGUGUUCCAAUGCCAUGUACAGUAAAGUCUCACUUAUCCAACACUCGCUUAUCCAAUGUUCUGGAUUAUCCAACACAUUUUUGUAGACAAUGUUUUCAAUACAUUGUAAUAUUUUGGUGCUAAAUUUGUAAAUACAGUAAUUACUACAUAGCAUUACUGAGUAUUGAAUUACUUUUUCUGUCCAAUUACAUGAUGUUUUGGUGCUUAAUUUGUAAAAUCAUAACCUAAUUUGAAGUUUAAUAGGCUUUUCCUUAAUCUCUCCUUAUUAUCCAACAUAUUCACUUAUCCAACAUUCUGCCGGCCCGUUUAUGUUGGAUAAGUGAGACUCUACUGUAUUUAACAAGCUAGGAAGACAGAAUCAAGGAGGUUCCUAUUCAACUUAAUCCUGUAUGUUAGCUGCAGGAUUCAGUCAUAUCAACAUGGAAGUGAAGUCGCUCAAGAGCAAUGGUUUCCAAUCUAUGGUCCUUGGGUCUUUGGGACUUCAAUUCCCAGAAGCCCCAGCCAGCUUGCCCAACUUUCAAGGGUUUUGGGAGCUCCGAAACCCUCCAAAGCACCUGGAGGAGUAAAGGUUGGGAACCACUGCAAGAAUACAAUGUAUAAGAAAAUAUUCCAGUAUUGUUUUUGAUAACUGGAAACAGACUCUGCAUCAGAGGACGUUGAUCUAUUUGUAGAAUAAUGGGCAUCCAGAGCUGCCCCAACAUGAGCUGGAAAUGACUUGGAAUAGGAGAUUAAGGCUGGAGAGAACUACUGAGGAGAAGCAAGAAAUUCAGGAGAAUGCUUAGGUGGUGGCAACUGCUUAACAAAGACCUGUUGCUGUAGAAGAGCUUGUUGGUACUGCUGCAUCAUAGCAGGAUACCAGACUCAACAGAAAAAGUCUAUUGUUGAAAACGAAUGAUUCUCUUUAAAACUUGUUGCAAUAGGAGUUUUUGUAUGUAAUUUACCCUUUAGAGUAGCCUGUUUCCAUGUUGAACUGUGGAUGACCCUAUCAAACAAAACAGUUCUACUAAAUUCCACCACACAAAAAAUGUCUGAAAAUUCAUUCUCAAUUAGAAUACAGUUAAAAUGCCAAAACUCCUUAGCACAGUGCCCUUUAGUGACGAGUGCAAGAGCCAGGAAUGGGUGAAGGCAGUGUUUCUGUUUGAGUUGCACAUAACACAUACUACCCUUGCUGCCUUGAAUUGUUUCUAUUUGUGCAAACUCAUUAUGAAAUUCACCCAUUCUCACAAACUACUUUUAGUAUUUUUUAUUCCCCAUGGGACCCGAUCCAGCAUUAAAAUACUAAAAGUGAAAUUAAACAAAAUAUAACACCACACAGAAUCAUGGAGUUGGAAGAGACAUUGUGGGCUAUCCAGUCCAACCCCCUUCCAAGAAGCAGGAAAAUAGCAGUCAAAGCACCCCCGAUAGAUGGAUAGAUCCAGCCUCUGUUUAAAAGCCUCCAAAGAAGGAGCCUCCACCAUAGUCCAAAAUACUAACAAGGGGUUCACUGGUCUACUUUAUGCUUCCAUAACAGGUUAUUAAUAUUGAGAGGAACAGUUAAAUGACUGCUGAAAACAAUAUAGAGUCUUUUACUACUUAUACUUGCUUAGGCGAUCCCUCUAGGCCGAGGAUGAUGGUCCUCCAUUUCUGGUGUCUUGGGGGUGUGUCCGCAGGUGGCUGAAGAGACUUAUUCUUGAUCCGCAUGUUCUCCUGCAGUGAGGACAUCGGUUUCCAGGUGGAAGGCGGUCCCGGUCAGGGUUGGCUUGACGGGCCUUCAUAUGGCAUGUUUCUCCCUUAAGCCCUCCAUUCAUGCCUCUUCGAACUCCGCAGCACUGCUGGUCAUAGCUGACCUCCAAUUAGAGUGCUCAAGGGCCAGGGCUUCCCAGUUCUCAGUGUCUAUGCCACAGUUUUUAAGGUUGGCUUUAAGCCCAUCUUUAAAUCUCUUUUCCUGCCCACCAACAUUCCGUUUUCCGUUCUUGAGUUAGGAGUAGAGUAACUGCUUUGGGAGAUGGUGAUCGGGCAUUCAGACGUGGCCAGUCCAGUGGAGAUGAUGGCGUAGGAGCAUUGCUUCAAUGCUGGUGGUCUUUGCUUCUUCCAGCACACUGGCAUUUGUCCACUUGUCUUCUCAAGAGAUUUGCAGGAUUUUUGAGGCAGACCUGAUGGAAAUGCUCCAGGAGUUGAGUGUGAUGUCUAUAGACCAUCAAUGUUUCGCAGGCAUAUAGCAAGGUUGGGAGGACAAUGACUUUAUAAACAAACAUCUUGGUAUCUCUAGGGAUAUCCCGAUCAUCAAACACUCUCUGCUUCAUUCAGAAAAAUGCUGCACUCGCAGAGCUGAGGUGGUGUUGUAUUUCAGUGUCAAUGUUGACUUUUGUGGAGAGAUGGCUGCCAAGGUAGAGGAAAUGGACAACAUUUUCUAAUGUUACACCAUUAAGCUGUAUUCCUGGCAUUGAAGAGGGCUUAGCUGGUGCCUGUUGGAAGAGCACUUUGGUUUUCUCAAUGUUCAGUGAGGCCGAGCUUCUUGUAUGCUUCUGCAAAGGUGUUUAGAGUGGCUUGUAGGUCUACUUCUGAAUGCGCACAGACAACAUAGUCUUUUACUACAGUCAAAACAAUUUUACAAUACCUUACAAUGACUAUUCCAGAGAUCUAAGUGCUGUUACUGCCAAUGCUAUAAAAGAGAGUAGUUAUCCACGUAGCCUGGCAUUUUUCCAAUUACUGUCUACCACAGAUUUUAUCACACAAGUAUGUUGGAAUUUUGGAUUAGAUACUCAAGAAAAAUAGUUUGGUACCAGAAAUUCUAUAGUUAACAACUAAAUGAGUGUAGUUAGUAAAAAUUCAGCUAUUAAAUAAUGUAAUGUUAGUAUCAUGCAUGAUAAACCUAAUGAAAUUCAGUGGGCUAUAUCAACAGUGAUGAAUCAUGACAAUUUUCUUAAGCAAACCUUUUAUUUUUAUUAAGAAAGUCUUGAGGAAUGUUUCAGGAAUAAUACCUCCCCUUCAUCCAUAAAUAGUGACUCAACAGACAUUCUGAUUGCUGGAUACUGUGACCCUGAAGUAGCAAAGAAAAACAGAAACUUAAAAGGUAUGUUCAAUUAGAUUUGCCAUCCCAGUUUCUCAGUAUUAUAUUCGAUUGUUUUGUUAGUCAUGAAUCAUAUGAGUAUUAUAUGAUCCAAAUUCAAUUGCUAGUCCUAACUAGAUUAGAGCUGAAUCAAUGGGCUGAGUCAUCAACCCAAUAGAUUUACUCCAUGUGGGACUAACAAUUGGAUUUGGGCCUGUGCUGUUAUAAUCUUUCACUUACUUAUUUCAGCUCCUGUUCACAAGAUAAAAUAAAAAGCAAGAUCCACCAUGCUGAUUAAAAUUUGAAAAGCUUAGAAUUUAUUAUAAUCACUGUUUUCCAUAUAAAAGAUGGCAAUACAAUGUGAUAGACUUCAUGGGGUGCAAAAUACAAGGAAACAUCUCCUGUACUUGGGAUUAUUAACUGCUAGCAAUACAUCUAUAGGUUGUAUUCAAUAGGUAUAAAGUAUACACCUUCGAAUUGAAUUCCACACGAUAGUGGAUGUUUUCUUCCCUGCUGUUAAAAUUAGGGGUUUAGUAUUUGCCUCAUAAUAAUGAGAAGUGGUGUAAUUGUAUCAAGUUUAUGCAGUUUCAUCGCAGUAAUUCCUAAAGGCAGGCUGACAAUUUCACAGUGCCCCCCCCCCCCCAAUUGCCUUCAAUGUAUAUGCUCAAAGGGGUUGAGUUCCUACUUGCCUCAAUUCAGUAUCAUAGUGACAGCAUCAAGUGACUUUAUGCAACAAAUGCUGGGUUAAAAAAACAUAUUCUCUUGAAUUUUAAUAUUUUCUAUUACAUUUUGUUACGUCAUAUGUCUCAGCGGCUCCUUUUCUGGGGUGAUAGCUCUGAUGACAACAUUCUGCAAGCACUUGACAUCCAUGAGUAACCGCACUGCAACAGAUGGCCAGUUUGCUUCUUUGCUUUUCUUUAUUGGAUGUUGAUGAAAACAUAUUGUAAAAUCAUCCAGUUCCAAGGAACUGAACUUAAAGUUAUAAUUUAAAUAAAUGUAAAGUCCCUUCCAACCAUAUUUCAUGCAGCACCACCCUACAUGGUGUGUGCAUGAUGCCACUACCAUGCAAUUUGUGAGGGAGCUGAAUAUUUAUCUUUGUUGAUACUGGCACCUUCUUGCUGAAUGGACACACCUUAUAGAUUCUUUUGCAAAAAGCAAACAAAAAAAAACCCAGUACCAUCCAGCAGCAUUAUUGUCAUUAUAUACUCCAAUGCAUCUUCUUUCAACCAUGCAAUAAUGUCAACUUCAAAGCCACAUGGGCUAUGUCUUUCUUGGAGAGUCACUGGUGGCUUCCCCUCACUGUUCAAAGUAUGGUGCUCAAAUAAUUGUUGUGGCCAAUCAUGGCCUGACUACAGAAACCUAUUUUGUUAUUAUAUUCAUGCUAAAGUAUAUCAGUGUCCAUAUUUUUAGAAUUUCAGUAACUAUUAAGGUGUGAAAAAAUAGAGGAUAGUUCAUGAACACCUGAUGUUACAGAACUAGCCAACAUAAUUAUGUCAGUGCAAAUAUAUAAGUGAGACACAAAUAUUUCUAGUACCCUUUUCUAUUUUUAUCAAGAUAAUAUAACUGAGGAAAACAUAGAGAUGAGUGGCAACAAUGUUUCUGACAUAAAGCAACACAGACAAACAUGUCACAAGAGCUCUAUGGAAAACAUCUCAUGUUCAGCUUCAAGCCGUUUCUCUCAAAUGGAUGCUUGCAGCAAAUAUUCUCCGCACAGGUAAGCAAUCAUAUAAUUUGAGUUCAUACAUUUAAAACACCUCUUACUGCCAAACACCUCUUACUGUCAAUAAAAUUUGUUAUAAUGUAUAAUUAGUAGAGUUGUGCAUUUGUGUGGAAUUGCUAUUAGUUUUGUGUAGUUUCAUUCAUGUCGUCUCAUUUUCAUAUUUGUGUUCCGCUAACGAAAAUGGGCCGCCUAUAUGACAUGAAUUUUCGUCUGGCUAACGAAAAACACAAAAAUUUCCUGCCAUUGGCGGCAAUGGGAGGGCUUCCGAGGCUCAUCCCCCCUCCUCGGUUUUUGGGCUAGAGGGUUGAAAAUCACCACACACGGAGGGCAUUUCAAUCCCUUUUAGCCCACCAACUUUUAAAACAUUUGGAUUUACCCCAGAGUAUUAUUGUUAUUAAUAAUAUUAUUACAUUAACCCCUUUCCACAUAUCAGAUCUAAUCCUGAGGCAUUUCUCUCUGCUAGGCUGAGGUCAGAUUCCCAGAUCCAUAUAUAUAUAUAUAUAUAUAUAUAUAUAUAUAUAUAUAUAUAUAUAUACAUACACACACACACACACACACACACACACACACACACCCAAGUACACAUCAGCUAUAAGCCCUCUGUCAGUACCUGUUUAUUGUUACACGGCAGAAAUGAAACGAAAGCAAGCACAAUGACUAUGUUUUCAAUUUUGUGUUGCCUCUCCUUUCCUACAAAAAUGUCAUCAUCCAUUUUGUAUAGAUGAAUGGUCAAAACUAAAUGAUAGCAUGAAGGAAACGAAGAAAAAAAUUUCGCACACAUCUCUAAUAAUUAGAGUCUCGUUUGUUUCAAUUUGAAUUGAUCGGUUCAGGUCCUACACUCUGAAAUACCAAAAAUAAUUUUCUUCCAGCAUGUGUUACAUCUAUUCAUAGCUCUUGUAUAUUGGAGCUCACUAAUUGUUGCCUAAAGAGGGCAAGAGAGCAAUUGAAAUAGGGUGCAGUACAUUACAAUAAAACAUUAAUAGAUGCAGGGUGUAGACUUGAGAUGCCAGAGGUUCAAUAGGAACGGACUGACAUUCUGCAAAUCCACUGCCAUGCAGUUCUGAAUUUCAAAAUGCAGAGACUAUUAACCUUAUCUAGUAUAACUGCUUAUUGUGUAUUAUAAUUGCCUCCUGUUUUUCAUGUUAUCUCCCAAAGUAGCUAUUUAAAUUUAAUAUUCAGAGCUAGGGAGAUAUACUCCUUCCAUUGGAAGGGACAUACUCUUCUGUAGAGUACUCAAGUCUUAUUUUGGGCUGUUGAUUUAGAGGAAUCUAACCCAAGACAACACAAAAUUUGCCUCAGAUAAAAGAAUUCCUUCUGGGCUGGUCAUUUUGCUAUAGUAGCCAAAAAGUUCUGGUGCUAGAAGAGAUCUCCAGUAAGUUAAACUGUUGAAUGUAUGGCUAACAGUAAUCUACAACUGCCUCUCCCAAGAACUAAUCAGCAAAAAAAAAAAAAAAAAGUCUCGCAGGCUUACUCCCAAAAUGAAUGUGAGGUUUAGGCUUCAAGUAAACAGUAAAUGUUUGUUCUUAUUCUAAUGUCUGCAUAUUUCAUCCAAAAUGGUCAAAUGUUGUAAACACAGAAUAAAUAUAUCAACAAGCCAAGAAAUGUUUUUGGCUAACCAAGGAGCUUCAGGGGAUUUGAACGUUGGAGUGAAUGUUCUAUUUCUGACUUUGCAGUCCAUUUCAGCUGAACAAUCUUUUCUAUAAUGCUGUCCAAAAGCCCAGUGCAAAUCCUUUAAACAUACAAGUUUCACAAAUGUUACCAUUAUUUCUAGUACUCUGCCAGGUAGACUAAAUUUACCCAAAUUUGCAAUUAGAACCCAAAGAAAUUCAAGACCACUUAGGUAUGUCCCAAAUAGACAUGAUCUGAGACAGCCAUGUUCACCUCUUAAAACACACUGAAGAAUACACCCUAAAACUGGGGGGCUCAGGCUGUGGCGCAGGCUGGAGAGCAGCUGCAAUCAAUCACUGCAAUGAAUCACUCUGACCAGGAGAUCAUGAGUUCGAGGCCCGCUCGGAGCCUAUGUUUGUUUGUCUUUGUUCUAUGUUAAAAAGGCAUUGAAUGUUUGCCUAUAUGUGUAAUGUGAUCCACCCUGAGUCCCCUUCGGGGUGAGAAGGGCGGAAUAUAAAUGCUGUAAAUAAAUAAAUAAAUAAAUAAAUAAAUAAUUGUGUUAUUAAAUUAGAAAUUAUCUAACAAAAGGACUAUUUUAAUGGAUUGAUGUAAGUUUAAAUAUAGAAUUAAGUUAUUAAUGAGAAACAAUGCUAAUGAACCAAUUUUUUUUACAUUUUUCCAGCUAUUUGUUUGUUUUUAUUAAAUAGCUAAAGGAAUCUUUAUCUUCCUAAUCUUCAACCUUUCUAAUAAACAAGUAGUAAGAGCAGUGUGGAAAGUAA